AGACGGCAUUAAAAGUUUCCAUACAUGAAAACAAAAUGAAUAGUACCUGUACUGCGGCAGUUUAAACUGCAGCUCGGACACGGACUGCAACUGCAAGUUUGAUGCGUAGAGAAGCAAGAAGCAGCAUUAGCAAUGUUAGCGGCGUUAGCCYUUUUGAUCUCAGGAUGGUGACGUCAUAACUGGAGCCCAGCACCACCAGCAGCAGCAGCAGGACCGUCAGCUGAAGCAUGAUGCGAUCUGCCCUGAUAGUUUUGGCUCUGACAGCUGCAGCCUGCCAUGGCAUCCUCCCUGAGAUAGUGGACUGGGGGAUCAAUCACAUCGUGGAGGGACCAUCCGAACUGGACCGCUCGUCUGUGGAGCAACGGCCGGUGGACCCGCAGCUAAAGCCAGAGGAUGCGUUUCCCCAAGUAAACAAGAGCUCUCAUCACAAUGACCUUCAUCUGCGUCAUCAGAAUGAAACUGUGUCUGAUAAGAAAUCAAACAUUACUUCAGCUGUCCCAGACUCUGACCUGGAGAAUGAUAUUGAUCAUGGAUGCAGCACUGAUGAUGACUGUGAUGAAGGAAAAUACUGCUUUUCUGARGCACAGAAUUCCAAGUGUCGACCAUGUAAAGAAACUGAUGUGUCUUGUWCUAAAGAUGCUGAGUGCUGUAGCGAGCAGCUGUGUGUUUGGGGUCAGUGCAGCCAAAAUGCAACAAAAGGAGAAGCUGGCAGCACUUGUCAGCAGCAGACCGACUGCAGCCCUGAUCUCUGCUGUGCUUUUCAUAAAGCCCUGUCCAUCCCUGUUUGCUUGGCCAAACCCAUGGAACGCGAGCGCUGCUACGGUGACUCCAACCACCUGAUGGAGCUGUUGUCCUGGGACGUCCAGGACAGGAGGCCCAGGAAACACUGUCCCUGUGCSGGAGAUCUUCAGUGUCAGCACCUGGGGCGGGGGUCCAUGUGCCUGAAGGGAGAGGACUCGGGUGAAGAGGACCUGACAGACUCACUGUACUCAGAGAUUGAUUACAUACUUUAAGAGAUUUAGUGGACUUUUUUCUUUUGAGAAACAUUGCACUUUUGCCACUUAAUGUAUAGUUGUCACAUUUUAGAGCAUAAAAAAUAGAUGAAAAUA